AUGGACCCCUCAACAUCACCAAAACCAAAGAAACCGCGGAUGCCAGUCUACUUCUUCUCCCACGGCGGCCCCGACGUGAUGUACAACAAAGCCCACCCGGUCUACCCGACCCUGCAACACAUCGGCUCCGAAAUCACCUCCCUGAACCCGACCGCCGUCCUCGUCUUCUCCGCCCACUGGCAGGCCCCCUCCCGCUCCGAGAUCCACGUCAACGCCGCCCCCGGCGAGGCCCCGCUCAUCUACGACUUCUCCGGCUUCCCCCUGCACUACUACUCCGCCGCCUACCCGAACGUCGGCUCCCCGCAGCUCGCCGCCCGCGUGUGCUCGCUGCUCUCCGCGCACGACAUCCCCUGCUCGCCCAAGGAGCGGGGCCUCGACCACGGCGUCUGGGCCGGCUUUCACGUGGCUUUCAACCCGGACGCGAACCCGUUGAACGUGCCCCUGGUCCAGGUCUCGCUGUUUCACUCCGAGGACCCGGACGCGCAUUAUCGGCUGGGCCGGGCCGUCUCUGCGUUGCGGGAUGAGGGCGUCGUGAUUAUCGGUGCGGGCAUGUCUGUUCACAAUCUGUAUGAGAUGGGCGGCGGACCGGAGCCGAUGCCUUAUUCUGUCAGUUUUGACAAUGCGCUGAAGGAGGCGGUCGAGAGCAAGGUCGAGGAGAGGCAGGAGAGGUUGGCGCAGAUCUGCAGGAGGCCCGACGCCAAGCAGGCUCAUCCGUGGAUGGACCAUCUCAUGCCUCUUCACGUUGCUGCUGGUGCCGCGGGCGAAGACCUGGGCAAGCAGCUAUGGACUAUGCAAGAGGGAAGCUUUGCGUGGGCCCAAUACCGCUUUGGGUCUGCUUCCAAGUCUUGA